UCUCGCGACAAUUGUGUUUCCCGGUUACCUGGGGAAACGGGACUAGAACUCGAGUUAAACAUGUCGCUAGCUAGGCUACCGCGUUUAAAUAAAUUGUGUUUGUGAAUACUUCGUACCGGAGAAUAGGUGGAAAGUAAGUGAAGCUAAAAAUGCCAUCGCCGCAAGACCUCCAGCCAGUUCUCCAAAGGAAGGUUGACGAACUGUUCCUGUAUUGGUUGAGCGAGCCGGGCACUCAGGAAAUUCUGACAGAUUACCUGAGGAGAGUAAGGAACGGAGAGUCGAAUGAUUCGAUUUUGCGCGAUGGGAGAGACCGUAAGAUCGGUGAAAACGUUUCGUCCCCGAGGAAUCUGACGGAGAGAGCGUCGUCGUCUCCGGGCGGUUCUCACAGCCCCUCCUCCACAGCUCUGCCCUCUGGGAUUGGUGGGAAUGUUCGAGGUGCUUCCGGUGGCAGGACGCAGCACCGAUCUCUCGGCACCAAGAAGGCGCAGGUCAAGAAAGAGGAGCCAAUUACCCCGGCGCUAAGUGAAAGCAUUCCAAAGUUCUACUUCCCGCGCGGACGGCCGAGAGCCAACCUCAACAUUGACACACUCAUUUCUAGGAUUGAGAAAAUAUUUUCACAAUUCCCCAAUGAAAGGGCGACCAUUGAGGACAUGGGGAGCGUUGCCAAGGCCUGCGACUGCCCCCUCUACUGGAAAGCUCCAUUGUUCAACUCGGCUGGAGGCGACAGGACUGGCUGUGUGUCCGUUCACAAGUUCAUCGCCAUGUGGAGGAAAGUGCUGCAGACUUGUCACGAUGACGCAUCCAUAUUUGUUCACCUUUUGGCCAAGCCUGGCUGUAAUUAUCUGGAACAAGAAGACUUUAUUCCAUUCCUGCAGGAUGUGGUGAACUCGCACACCGGACUGGUGUUUCUGAAAGAAGCCUCAGAUUUUCAUUCUCGCUACAUCACAACCGUCGUUCAGAGGAUAUUUUACAAUGUAAAUAGGUCAUGGACAGGAAGAAUCACAUGUUCAGAACUCAGGAAAAGCAGUUUUCUACAGAACGUGGCCCUGUUGGAGGAGGAGGAUGAUGUGAACCAGCUCACAGAGUAUUUCUCCUACGAACAUUUCUAUGUCAUCUACUGUAAGUUCUGGGAGCUGGACACGGACCAUGACCUGUACAUCGACAAGAGAGACCUCACGCGGCACAACGACCAAGCCAUCUCCCACAAGAUGAUCGAACGGAUAUUCUCGGGGACAGUGACCAGGGACAAGAGAGUGCAGAGAGAUGGGAGAAUGAGCUACGCAGACUUUGUGUGGUUCCUCAUCUCCGAGGAGGACAAGAGAAGUGCCACCAGCAUAGAGUACUGGUUCCGGUGUAUGGACCUGGACGGGGAUGGGGUUCUGUCCAUGUACGAGCUGGAGCACUUCUACCAGGAGCAGUGCCAGAAGCUGGAGACCAUGGGCAUCGAGUCCCUGCUCUUUGAGGACUGCUUGUGCCAAAUGCUGGACCUGGUGCAGCCUGAGGUCCCAGGAAAGAUCACCCUCCAUGACUUGAAGAGGUGCAAACUGUCCCACGUCUUCUUCGACACGUUCUUCAACAUCGAAAAGUACCUGUACCACGAGCAGAAGGAUCCGUCCUCCGUCAGGGAAGGAGAGCCAGAGGGCCAGGACCUGUCGGACUGGGAGAGGUACGCUGCUGAGGAGUAUGACAUCCUCGUGGCAGAAGAGACGGCCAAUGAACAGUACAACGAUGGGUACGAGGACGCCAUCGACCCGAUCGAGCGCCACAUCGCUAACGAGCUGGGCCUGCACGCGGACAGGAGGCCCUAUUUUCAGAUUCCCGACCCGUAGGCCCCUCGCACAGGACCUGUGGGGUGUGCUGCCAGGUCACCACCACCACCGGCAGCAGCAGCGUGGCUUCGGUGAGCAGGGCCGUCUUCACGGGACGACGCUGGUGUUGUUUUCAGACCCUCGGUCAGUGACGGUGUUGUUUUCAGACCCUCGGUCAGUGAUGGUGUUGUUUUCAGACCCUCGGUCAGUGACGGUGUUGUUUUCAUACCCUCGGUCAGUCACGGUGUUGUCAUUGCCCCCCUACACCCUUCCACUUGGUUCUGUACCCUCCGUGAAACACGUCACGUUCACCCAGGUUUACAGACGCGGAGUCGCAGUAGACUUUUCAUUGGCCAGUAGGAGAGUGCUUUACCCGUUUGUACAUAGCUGUGCUUGUAGUAUUUGUAUUUAUUAUGCAAAUUUGUGAUUUUUUUUUUUUUUU